CUGUUCACGGUUUUUUCCCCCCCCCCCCCAAAGCUAAGACUGCAGCUAACAUGGAGUUCCGAGCCGAUAAUGUGCCGCUCAGUACACGCAGUUACCCGUACCAGGGGCUGAAGGAGGAUGACCAGGCGGUGACCACCACUGUCGUUAACGUGGCCCCGAAUGUGACCUCGGUCCGUGACCACUUCCUUUGGUCCAUCUUCAACUUCGCUUUCAUGAACUUCUGCUGCCUGGGCUUCGUGGCGAUGGUCUUCUCGGUCAAAUCUAGAGACCGGAAAGUUGUGGGAGAUGCUGAAGGAGCUCGGCAUUAUGCAUCAACAGCCCGAGCACUCAACAUUGCAGCCACAGUGCUGACUGUUCUUGUCCUUAUAAUUGGCAUUGUGAUGGUCUUCGUUAGUCUGUAUAUGAUGAAUCGAGUUAUUCAACAGCAACAAGAGGAGCACCCUAACAUCCUUGGAGGUUGGAGCUGAAUACAGCACUGGUGGCACCCACUUACUGUUCAGGAGCUGUUUGGCUGGAGCUUUUUAUUCAACAGCUUUGUGUACUCUUAUUCUAUUAUUGCUGUUUUCUUUCUACACUGUCUAGAUGGUGCUGACGUGUCUCAGCAACAUAUUACUUUUUGAUGAAAUUACCCAGGUGUGGCCUUGAUUGUAUUAAUAAAGACAAUUGAUGACCAA